AGCUCCUAAGUUCAAUGUACACCAAAAGUUACCUAAAGGUGCUACCUAGAUCUACCUGUAACAAACCCUCUACAUCAUUGAGUUGAAGUGAACUCUUUUCAAACAUACUUUGAGCAUUACUUACCUCCUACCUAACAUAUAACAAGUAUAGAAGCUUGUUAAGUCUCCCCGCACUAGAAAUGCGGAGUCAACAAAAGAAUGGCUCUUGUCCGACCUGUUCGAUUCAUAUAAUAAUUAACGUCAACACCCUUCUUGAUCUUUUGUAAAAAACUAACCUGGGUGACGACGGAACUCAUGAAGAAAUGUCUCAAUACACAACUGCAAAAAUGGAUAGACCAGAGCCAGGUCUAAUCAAAUGGUCCUCUAAUCCAGCUUACGACUCCUUCCUCCAUGUUAACUUGCAACAUCGAGUCGUGCAGCUAUAUGAACCUACAGGUCUUGCGCAACCUGGAAAUUUCGACUUCAAAAAGUCAUCCAAAUAUGAUGAGAUCCCCCCUUUAACCACAUACGACUGGUCACCAGCUCAUCCUGGGCUUGUUGCCAUCGGAACUGCGAGCGGUACCGUGGAUAUCAUAAAUCUUCACGGUGAUGCCAGCUCUCAUCUAGAGCUACCCAUAAGGAUUACUCGUACUUGUCAGGCAGUAGCUUUUAAUACCGGUUCUCUACUCGCUGUUGGACUAGAACGUGUUCGAAAUGACCAGUGCUUGAAAAUAUUCGACGUAAGUCGACUUACGACGCUGGAGCCCAACGUUUCAUGGGCAUCGCUCGAAGGUUCCAUGAAUCCGGUGAUCGGACUUGAGGCUAGUAUCUCCAUAUCGAGCACCAAGUUCUUCGAAGACAGUCCCCAGGUCCUGGUUGCCGGGAUUAAGAACCAGGGUAUUCGUAUAUAUGAUCUCCGAGAUCCACAAGGCGCCGUGAUCAAUUUUCAGACCAAGUGCAAUAACAACUUGGCAAUUGAUUACGCCGACCAGAAUUAUUUUGCUUCGUCUUCUUUAGAUAAACCGGGCUUGGUCAUUUGGGAUCGCCGUGCCACCUCGCGACCGUCUUCCUCUCGCUUCUACCUCGAUGCUGUUGAUACGGAUGAUUUACCGUGGGGAGCAGCACUCAACAUCGAUAAAGCAAUUGAUGUUAAAGAGGCCAACUUCCAGGAUAGGGGCUCAUUUAUUAGGUCGUUACGCUUUUGUAGGGACCGUUCUGGUCUGCUCGCUGUGCUUUCCCGAACCGGCCAGCUCAAGGUCCUCGAUACUAAGAAGGAAUUCAUACCAGCCGAGGUACACCCUAAGGACAGCCCCGAAGUCCUAGAAGUUAGGAAGUCAUAUGAUCUUGACAUAAACUAUGCAAAAGAGCGAAAAGAUGACAGAAUCGUAUCAUUCGAUUGGGUGACUCUCGAUUCUCCCGCUCUAACACCACGAGUGGUAGUUCUACGCGCCAAUGGAACGUUUGACAUUCUUGAAAAGCCAUCUUAUUCGUCUGAACAUUUAUAUAAGAUGAUCCCCUGGAAACCACCUCACCGUGGACUUGAAGGGGGUGGUAGUUACCACUCGUUAAUGCAAUUCGAGCCAAUGCAAUAUCCUGAAAUGAUGGGUCCACUUAAUAUAGACCAGGCUCUUAUAGAUCAACCACUGUUUGGAAACCGUAAAGAUUCCACCAGUGCUGUAAUACAGCAAACAUUAUCAUCCGCCCCGCCGACGGCCGACCCCGUCUGCGACUUGGAGGCAAGUACCCAGCCGCUACCAGAGUUAUUUACUGGUGCUUCAACAAUAGCAGACAAGUUACGCGGCUUGAGGCAGUAUUCUAGGGAAACCCUCGAGCCUGCAAUACAAUCGAAAGAAAACGAGCGACAGCAAUCAGCAACGAAAAACUUGGACCAGUCUUUAUCAGCUUUGUCAGUAAAGAACAAUGUCUUACCAUCAAAUAGAGAGUUACAUGAGAGGCUCCUUAUAUCAACGCUAGACUCGAGGGGGUUCCCUAAAGAAGCACAGCUUGUUCUUGACCACGUGAUGCUGUUUCGUUCUAAAGAGAAAUACUUAUUUAACUACGCUGCGAAUAGAGACAUAACUGCCGACGAUCCUUGGUUGAAGGAGCUAUGGGACUGGGUUGCCGGGGCGGAUGACGUUGCCUCUGAUAUGGGAAUGGUAUCACAGGGCAUCGACCUAAGUUAUAUGGGAGUUGCUAACAUAUGGAUGCAUGACCUAGGGUCUAAUUAUUCGGUCAGACUUCUAGAUGGCACAAGAGCGCCAGAUGAUGCUGCAUGGGAGCGUUGUCUUCAGGAAAUAAAUAGGAAGUCGAGACAGCCAGCAUAUGAUGGCGUUGAUUCCAAGAAGCCCGUACAUCGCCAGGCUGCUACGUGGAUUUGCGGGUGGGGCAGAUCGCCGGAUGCAUACUUUAGUGAAUAUGCGAAGAUGCUCCCCUCCGAGCGCAAUUCAUCAUGGUAUACAAUGGCAACUGCCCAUGCUCUCUUCGAAGGCGAUUACGAAAAGGCGGUGGCAAUACUCAGGGGCGCCAGUACAGAAUACCCAGAGCUCUUGUUCGUUUCUUUGGCCUUACAGCUUAAAAGUCAAGGGGACAUGAAUCUAGGCAAAACGCAGCUGGAUUUCGACGAUGCCGUCGCCUCUAAAACUGAUCCAUAUCUUCGCGCGAUAUCUUCCCUUAUUGCAACGAAUAACUGGGAAACUAUCGCAAACCAAGAAUCUCUACCGCUCCGGGAGCGUACGUUUGUAGCGCUUCGGUAUUUUGACGACGAGAAACUCACACAGUGGCUCCAUAAGGAGCUCAAGAGGGCGAUUGACACGGGCGACAUCGAAGGGAUUGUACUCACAGGAAUAACUGAUAAGCUUGUCGACAUAUUUGCAAAGUACGUCGAGAAAUUCAAUGACGUUCAGACGGCUACUCUGAUCUUGUCGAUAUGUUCGCCACGGUAUAUCAAUGAUUAUAGAUGUCGGGUAUGGAGGAAUGCAUACAGAGCGUAUCUUCAGCGCCACAAGGCAUUCAUGCAGCGGACCAAGUUCGAAGUGGAAAGUACCAAGAAGAGCAAGCGAGGCGGCGUCCCAACCAUCACGCCGCCCUCUCGACAGAUCGCACUACGCUGCGUGUAUUGCGACGCCGAAUACGAGCUUUCCAAGACGGGGCCAAGCCACCACCAGUCGACGGUCUCGACAGGUAAGGGGUCGGGGAACCCGCUAGCGGCGGCCAACAUCAACGCGGGGGUCAGCUGCCCGAACUGCGAGCGCCAUCUCCCGCGGUGCGUCGUGUGCCUCGAGGUCGUGGGCGUGCCGCGCUCCGACAAGCCCGAGGCCUCGCCCGACCCCCAGGUCCGCCUCGCCGCCCGCUUCCCGACUUUCUGCCUCAAGUGCGAGCACGUCCUGCACCUCGACCACGCGCGCCAGUGGUUCAAGAGACACGUCGAGUGUCCGGUUCCCGAGUGCAGGUGUCGCUGCAAUUUUAGAGCGAACCCGGAGUUGAAUUAUCAUUGAGUUAGGCCGGCCACCCAGUUGAUUGUAAGGGGUUUAUGUUAGGGGCGAGGAAUUAUUGGUUGGUGUGCUUUAUCUGCUUGUUAUCAUCGUUAUUCCAGAUGUCGACCUAACCUAACCUAACCUGACGGUUUUCUUUUUGGGCAGAAAUAAAUACUCCUGUUUGAAAUAACUAUGUAGGGGGGCACGAGUACCUAGGGUUGCAAUUCUUAGUGUUAGACCAAUAACAUCGUCGCUCGGGUUUCUUUUGUGCGGAUUUAUAUGUGCAUUAUGCUUAUGCUGCUGCUU